AUGUUUAUGUGGUGGUCAACUGUUUUACUUCUUGGAUGCAUUUUGCUGGGAGGAGACGGGUGGCCAGCCAAGGAAGGAUACGACUACAGACCCUAUCAGCACCUAGUAAGAUUACGCCACAAGCAGGAAAAGAAUCAGGAAAGCUCAAGAAAUAAAGGAUAUAUGGAUCAAAGUAGUUAUUUUGGAUCAUGUGAGAACAAGUAUUGUGGUCUGGGUAGACACUGUGUUGUGAACGGGGAGACUGGCCAAGCUGAGUGUGUAUGCAUGGAACACUGCAAGCCACAUUACAAGCCUGUGUGUGGUUCUGAUGGAGAAUUCUAUGAAAACCACUGCGAAGUGCACAGGACUGCCUGUCUGAAAAAGCAAAAGAUCACCAUUGUACACAAUGAAGAUUGCUUCUUCAAAGGGGAUCGAUGCAAACCUAUUGAAUAUACUGAAGUGAAAAAUAUGUUACUGGAUCUACAAAAUAGGAGAUACGUUGCACAAUCGAAAGAUAAAACCAUUGAUGAGAAAAUGGCUUUAAAAAAAUUUCUUGUAGAUCAAAUGUUUAAUUAUUUUGAUUCAGACAAAAAUGGACUUGUGGACACUAAUGAAUUAUCUCAGGUAAUAAAACGGGAUGAACUUGGCAAGGAUCUGUCUGACUGCUCUCUCUUUGAUUUGCUGAAAUACGAUGAUUAUAAUAGUGACAAGCACCUAGCUCUGGAAGAAUUCUAUAGAGCUUUUCAGGUAGUUCAGCUGAGUCUGCCUGAAGAUCAAAAGCUAAGCACCACUGCAACAACAGUAGGACAAAGUGUUGUCUUAACUUGUGCGAUCCAAGGAACUCUGAGACCUCCCAUCAUCUGGAAAAGGAACAAUGUUAUUCUGAAUAGCUUGGAUCUGGAAGAUAUCAAUGAUUUUGGAGAUGAUGGGUCCUUGUACAUUACUAAGGUUACCACAACUCAUAUGGGAAACUACACCUGCUAUGCUGAUGGCUAUGAUAAGCUCUAUCAAACUCAUAUUCUCCAAGUGAAUGUUCCACCAGUUAUCCGAGUCUAUCCAGAGAGCCAGGCAAGGGAGCCAGGUGUGACAGCUAGCCUUCGAUGCCAUGCUGAAGGUAUUCCCAACCCACAACUUGGUUGGCUGAAGAAUGGAAUUGAUAUAACUCCAAAGUUAUCCAAACAGCUAACUCUUCAAGCAAAUGGUAGCGAGGUUCACAUUAGCAAUGUGCGCUAUGAAGAUACGGGAGCAUAUACUUGUAUUGCAAAGAAUGAAGCGGGGGUGGAUGAAGACAUUUCUUCUCUCUUUGUAGAAGAUUCUGCUCGAAAGACACUUGCAAACAUAUUGUGGCGAGAGCAAGGUCUGGGAAUUGGGAACAUGUUUUAUGUUUUUUAUGAAGAUGGCAUCAAAGUUAUACAACCAGUGGAAUGUGAAUUUCAGAGACAUAUUAAGCCUAGUGAAAAACUCCUCGGUUUUCAGGAUGAAGUUUGUCCCAAAGCAGAUGGAGAUUCUGUUCAGCGGUGUAUAUGGGCAACUGCUGUUAAUGUAAAAGACAAGUUCAUUUAUGUAACUCAGCCUACACUUGACCGAGUUCUUAUCAUUGAUGUACAGUCUCAGAAAGUUGUCCAGGCAGUAAGUACAGAUCCAGUUCCAGUGAAAUUACAUUAUGAUAAAUCGCAUGAUCAAGUCUGGGUGCUGAGCUGGGGAAACAUGGAAAAGAAUUCACCAACCUUGCAGGUGAUAACACAAGCUAGUGGGAAUGUUCCUCAUCACACAAUCCAUACUCAGCCGGUGGGAAAGCAGUUUGACAAAGUAGAUGACUUUUUCAUCCCAGCUACAACCCUCAUCAUUACCCAUAUAAGGUUUGGAUUUAUUCUUCAUAAGGAUGAACCUGUGCUGCAGAAAAUUGAUCUAGAAACUAUGUCAUACAUCAAGACAAUUAGUUUAAAGGAUUAUAAUUGCGUUCCUCAGUCACUGGCUUAUACACAUCUUGGAGGAUAUUUUUUUAUUUGCUGUAAGCCUGAUACCACUGGGGCUGUUUUACCACAGCUUAUAUUGGAUAGCGUUACUGAUUCUGUGAUUGGAUACAAUGAUGAUGUAACAGGCACACCACAUAUCUCUCCCGAUGGACACUACCUUGUCAGCAUUGAUGAUACAAAAGGUCUCAUGAGGAUCCAAUCCAUAACAAUAAGAGGAGAAAUACAGGGUGCAUUUGACAUUCACACUAAUUUGCACAUAUCUGAUGUAGCUUUUCAGCCAUCAUUCACCGAAGCUCAUCAAUACAAUGUCUACUGCAGCUCCAGCACACAAACUGAUGUUCUUGUCAUGGAGUUGUCCUCUGGCAAGGUUAAGAUGGUGAAGAGUCUGAAGGAACCAGUCAAGACAGGUGAAUGGCCUUGGAACAGUAAGAACCGUCUUAUAAAAGACAGUGGCCUUUUUGGUCAGUAUCUCAUGACCCCUUCCAAGGAAUCUCUGUUUAUCCUGGAUGGACGGCUCAAUAAGUUAAAUUGUGAAAUCACCGAAGUUGAUAGAGGCAACACAGUAAUCUGGGUUGGAGAAGCAUAAGGAUCUGUGUUCAAUAUUUACCAAAUUAUUAGUUUUACAGUACAUUGCACUUAAAUUACACCAUUCUACAAAUUUACACAAUUUUAUUUUU